UUAUUGAGUGAAAUGACUGGUCAGAAAGCGGGUUUAUCAUCUAGCCAUGGAAGUAAGCACUCAGAGAUCUGGGCUGAGCCAAACAGUGAAAAUUUUAAGAAGUGCAUUGAACCAGCAUAUUAUAAAAAGCUUGAUGCUAUGACAAAUGGCUAUAUUCUAGUUAAUGCAAACGGAGGUUUGAAUCAGAUGAGAUUCGGGAUCUGUGACAUGGUUGCUGUUGCCAAGCUUAUGAAAGCCACACUUGUUCUUCCUUUGCUCGAUCAUAAAUCCUACUGGGCAGAUGAUAGUAAUUUCAAGGAUCUUUUUGAUUGGAAAUAUUUUAUUGAGACCUUAAAGGAUGACGUUCAUAUAGUUGAGACUCUGCCUGCUGGCUUCAGAGAGAUUGAACCAUAUAUGAUAACUCCUAUAUCUUGGUCUAAGGUGAAUUAUUACAAAGAAGAUGUCCUCCUUCUAUUGAAAAAACACAGAGUUUUAUUCUUCACUCAUACUGACUCUAGGCUUGUUAACAAUGGACUUCCGACCUCUAUUCAGAAACUGAGAUGUAGAGUAAAUUAUAAGGCACUGAAAUAUUCUGCUCCCAUUAAGGGCUACGGGGCAUUCUUAGUAUCAAAGAUGCGGCAAGAUGGACAACCAUAUGUUGCACUUCAUUUAAGAUAUGAAAAAGACAUGCUUGCUUUUACAGGUUGUAGCUAUAAUUUGACAACAAAUGAAGACAAGGAACUUCGAGAAAUGCGUUAUAAUGUGGUCCAUUGGAAGGACAAGGUUAUUGAUGGUUUUGGGAAACGAAAGCAGGGUGGUUGCCCUUUAACUCCUAGGGAAACAUCCCUUCUCCUCAAAGGAUUGGGAUUUCCAUCAAGCACACGUAUAUACUUGGUGGCUGGUGAAUCCUUUGGACUUGGAAGCAUGAAGUAUCUUACCGAUGAUUUUCCAAACAUCUACUCUCAUUCAACCUUAUCUAAAGAAGAGGAUCUUAGACCUUUCAGAAAUCACCAGAACAUGCUUGCUGGGUUGGAUUACGUUGUUGCUAUUCACAGUGAUGUUUUUAUUUACACAUAUGAUGGAAAUAUGGCAAAGGCUGUGCAGGGUCACAGGCGGUUUGAGAACUUCAAAAAAACAAUAAAUCCAGAUAGAUUAAACUUUGUGAAACUUGUUGAUGAUUUUGAUGAAGGAAAGAUCUCAUGGAAGCAGUUCAGAUCAAAGGUGAAGAAACUUCACAAGAAUCGAAUUGGCGCUCCAUACUACAGAGAGCCCGGAGCAAUUCCCAAGUUUGAAGAAUCUUUCUAUGCGAAUCCACUGCCUGGAUGCAUUUGUGAGAAGCCACACAAACUCAUAUUGCCACCAUUUACAGGAGAAGAUACUCCCCCCAUUUAUUCUAAAAUUCAUUAGAAUUUUUCUUUUUCUUUUUAUUUCUUAUUUUUAUUAUAAUAGGCAUGAAAGCAAUGCCAAUAUUUGGCAACUCAGCGCUUAAAGCUUAGGAUAGAAAACAUUUAUUUUCAGAAGAGAAUUGAAGCUGUUGAUAUCAGAAGCUUAAUGAUGGUGCCAUGGACUAAAAUAAAAAAUAACAAAGAGCUCAGAUCAUCCUAUCUGGCAUGAUUACAAUGUACAGAGAAGGAUUUUUUUGAUUUUUUUUCAUUUUUUGUGGCAUGAUCUGAUCAAAUUUGAUAUAAUAAGCUAAGAUGGCUUUCAUACCUAUCAUUUUUUUCUCUUAUUCUUUAUAAGUCUGUUAGUCUA